AUGCCCGCAGAGGCUCUGGGCCAGGAACACCAGCAGUCCAAGGUCAUGCUACUCAGAAGUUUCACCCCCAAAGACAAUGAAGAACGCGUGUUCCGGGAGCGCAUGCGGCCCAGGAAGCGGCAGGGGGCUGUCAGGCGCAGGGUCCACCAGGUCAACGGCCACAAGUUCAUGGCUACCUACCUUCGGCAGCCCACCUACUGUUCCCACUGCAGGGAUUUUAUCUGGGGUGUCAUAGGAAAGCAGGGAUACCAAUGUCAAGUUUGCACUUGCGUGGUCCACAAGCGAUGCCAUGAGCUCAUAAUUACGAAGUGCGCUGGAUUAAAGAAACAGGAAACUCCCGAUGAGGUGGGCUCCCAGCGGUUCAGUGUCAACAUGCCCCACAAGUUCGGGAUCCACAACUACAAGGUUCCCACCUUCUGCGACCACUGCGGCUCCUUGCUCUGGGGCCUCUUGCGGCAGGGUUUGCAGUGCAAAGGUAAGGCGCUGGUCCUGGCCUCCUCCCCCCGCACCUGCACCCCGAUGUCCCUCCUCUUAAAGAAUCUUUUCGUAGCCUUGAGA